AUGGGACUGGCGGGGGCGCAGGGGUCCAAGUUGUUGGUGGUGAUGGAACAACAAGAAGUGCAAGAAUGGCAGGGGAGCACGAGUAGCGCCCUCGGGGUACACAACUUGUGGGGCAUGGCACGUGUCCUUGGCCUUUGGGUGAUGAUUUAUCCCAACAAUCCUCACGCCUACAGCUCCGCAAGCGAGAAGUUCAACGCAUUGCAAGUGGGGGACCAACAGUACGACGACAACGCACGUUCCUCCCUGCACCUCGAACCCCUUGACGUCGCCGACGGCCAGUGA